CGCGCCGCCAGGCGGCGCUGGGGAACGAGGACGCCCGAGGGACGGCAAGAUGGCGAGCAGGAACGAACAAGUCGCGUGCUAAGGGAACGAGGACGCGCGAGCGAUAAACUUUCCGGGGGGGGGAAACCCCGAUAAAGCGGCUGGAUCCACAGGAGGACCGUCGACUGUCUCAUCUCGUUAUCCUCUCUCGAGAAUCCCGCGAGUGUUCACGCGUGCAUUAUUUCGUGCAUUCCGCUUCCCGCGCCUCGUCGCCCGGUUUCCGGUCAAUCCUUCUCUCCCUCAGCGUCCAUCGGCUUCGGGAUCAGAAUCAGGCGCGCGCCGCGCCGGUAUCGGGACGAUGUGAGCGUAUAUACACACGCGAAGUUAAACAGCGCGAGCGCGGGGAGGGGAGAGGCGGUGGCGGAAGAGAGGGAGGGCGCGGAGGAGGAGGAGAAGGGGGGGCGCUCGAGCUCGGCGAACGGAACGGCCGGCGACAGCGGAUGCUCCGUCCUCUCUCGGCUCCGAAGAGGCCGGCCCGAUCGACGUCUAAAGAUGCGGCGACGAAUCUUCCCCGUCAGCAGCUCGACGACGACGACGACGACGAGGAAGUCGAAGAAAACGACGAAUCGACGACGGCGAGCCACGGCCGCCGCGCUCCUCUGCCAGUGAAGCAACUAUAUACACACCAUACACAUACAUAUAUACAUAUAUACACGCGCGACCCAAGCACACACGCGCCGUUGCCGAUGAGCGCGGAUAUAUGGCGGCGCGAGUACUCUUGCUGAGCGUCUUGAUUACGGAAGUGCUGAAGCCAGCUUGUGCCGCAGGUGUUAAGGGUAUUGGAGGGAACAUCAGUGGUAGGAACGUGUCUAAACCAGAUAGUUCUGAUGUUGGUCUAACCAAGGGACUUGGAUUAACACUGGAAAUUCAACCUAGCGGCCAUGUGAUACUAGGAAAAAAGGGAAUCACGCUUAGUUGCAUAGCUGGUUCAAACGAGACUGUAUCUUGGUUGCACAAUGGACUACCAGCACCUCCAUGUGGUCUUACUCGCUGUGUUCUUCUUUCCAAUGGCUCUCUUCACUUUUACAAGAAACAAAAUUUACAAAUGCAAAAGUUCAAAGAAAAGGAAAGGAGUAGUAUUGUUAAUGCUAGAAACCACAAUAAGGAUGAAUAUCGUUGUGUAACACGUACCAGUUUAGGAGGUUUGAUACGGUCGGCUCCUACAUUUGUUCAAAUAGCAGAGUUUGCACAUACAUUUAAAGAAUCUCCAGAAAAUAUCACUGUUCAGGAAGGUGAAGUUGCAAGAUUAUCUUGCUUGAUAGACAGUGUUCCUUUCCCACCCAAUAUUACGUGGCAGCAUAACGAAACAUUGUUAUCUUAUCAUAACAAAUCAAAGUAUUCUAUGGUACCACCAGGUGUUCUGUAUAUAAGUGCAACGAAACUGUCAGAUGCUGGCUCAUACAGAUGCAUAGUCACAAAUGAAUUUUUAAAGAAGAAAAAGAGCAGAGAAGCAAAACUAACAGUUAUUUCAAGAAGAAAUGAUAACAGAUCGCAUACUCCAUCAGUUUUGUUUCCACAGACUUCUUACAAUUAUUGGCUACUCAACGGAUCAAAUCUUAAUCUGGCAUGUGCUGCAUCUGGUUAUCCAUUACCACUCAUAACAUGGUCAUUUAUUCCUCGUUAUAUAGCUAAUGUUACACAAUCUCGCAUCCUUUUUAAUUCUACUAUUGGCAUUGCUAUACUGUCAUUAACAAAUGUAAAUGUUUCCAAUGCUGGUGUCUAUUUAUGUUCUUCGAAAAAUCUUAUCACCAAUGAUUUAGAAAUACAGAAUGUAACUGUAGAUAUAUUGAUUCCACCAUCAUUUAUAAAAACGCCGACGAACCAAAUCUGUCCAAAUGGAAGAACAGCGAGAUUCGAGUGUCAGGCGCAGGGAUCACCCGUACCUCAAAUUUAUUGGCUGAAAGACUCGUUGAAUAUUACUAUCAAUGGUCGCAGAACGACUUACGUUAAGGAAUACAAUAAGAUAGAAUUAGCAAUAUCAGCGACGGUACCGUCUGAUUCUGGCAUAUACCAAUGUGUGGCGGUAAAUUCAGCGGGUGAAAUUUGGGCCGCUGGUCGGCUGCAAGUAAAUACGUCGCGCAAUAGUCCCGCCGCACCUACUUCUUUAAAAUGUCACGCUGUUUCACCAGUUAGAAUUUUAAUCUCGUGGGAACCACCAAAGUCUCUACCAUAUACCAGUAUUACAGCUUAUACCGUCCAUUACAGUCCUGUAGAAGGUGGUAAAGAGGAAGUCUCUCCGCCAGAACCAGGGAAUUCUACAUCUGUAGAAGUAACAAAGCUUCUUGAACCAUUUACAAAUUAUUCAUUUUACAUACGAGUGUGGAAUAAUUAUGGUGCUAGCGAUCAAUCAGCUACCAUUUUGUGUUCCACAGCUCCAAGUGUUCCUAAAGCCGCACCAAAAAUGAAUGUGGAUAUAAUCAGUAGUACAAAACUAAAUGUAUCAUGGGAGCCUUUGAGUAAAAAGGAAUCUCGCGGCGUUGUGGUGGAAUAUAAACUACAGUGGAGACUCCACCAGCAUCCAUCUGUCAGAAUACUUUUUCUACCUGCCACUAUUGAGUACCACAUACUUAUGGAUCUGAUACCCGGAGCACAAUAUGAUCUUCGAGUAUUGGCAAGAACAAAACAAGGCUGGCCAAAUAUUAGCGAGACACAAUUGAAUUGGAUUACUGUAACCAUGCCAUCUUCUGAAUCUAAUCAAUUUACUAUAAGGAAUAUUGUGGAUAUUCAAGUAUUAAUUGUAAACGCUUCGAUAAUUAAGAUGAAAUGGAAAAUUAAAUUCAAGCAAAAUGAUCAAAUUGAAUCAAAAUUUGAUUCUUGGCAAAUUUAUUGUGAAAAUCAAGAUGGUGAAAAAUUAGCUACUAUUCUUUUACCACAAAAUAUUACUGAAUAUCUGUUUACUGAUCUUGAUAUGAAUAUUUCUUAUACCAUGGGUUUGUGCAUGGUGAGUUUGGGUGAAGCAACAAGUUGCUUGACAAAACAUAUAGAGACUGCACAAUCCAAUAUUAAUACCAUACCAAUGUCUUUGGAGGCUAUUCCUGUCUCACCCACGUCCAUAAAUGUAACAUGGACAUUGUCUGAUAUGCAUAGUAUAGAUUCAUUUGAACUUUGUUAUCAUGCGGUUCAUGCACCUCCUGACAAUUCUGAAUGUUUUACCAUAGACGAUACAAAAAUAAAUGUUGACAAACUGAAGCCUUUUACUUUGUAUCAGUUUAAAGUAAGAGUCAUUAGACACAACACGAAUCAAACCAGUCUCUACAGUGAAUCUAUAGAAUGUUACACCAACGAAGAUGUCCCUGGCAAAGUCGAAGAGGUACAAUGGUUCUUGGGUAAUAAUACGAAGGUACGAAUCGCGUGGAAAGAACCAAGCAACGUGAACGGUAUCAUACAAAAUUAUUUCGUCGCGUAUACCAUGGACUUGACGGCGAUGUGGGGCAACGUGACUGUGCCCGGUAAUAAAACAUCAACGACCCUACCGAGUUUAGUGCCGGGCAAACAGUAUUUUGUUAUGGUACGAGCGGCGACGAGAGCUGGCUAUGGAAAACCAUCGGAUCCAAUCAUUAUUAUUACUGGCGGUGGUAGUUCUGGUGGUAGUCCUGGUGGUACCGGUGGUAGCGGUGGUGGUGGAGCGUCGCAAGUGCCCGAUCCAUCAGGCAAGGAGGAUAAGCCACCGCAAAACCCUAAGCCUGAUCAGAGUUUAGGUGUGAUUCUCGGAGUCAGCAUAAGCAUCGGAUUUAUCGCGAUAUGUCUAUGUAGUAUAUACUGUCGGAGGAAGUUCGAGAAUUCUCGCUCGUUGAGAAAUGGUGCUCAGCCUACGAAUGGGCGUGUACUAUCGCGAAACGGGAACGGAUGUUGCGCGGAGCAGUCCUCCACUUCCGUGAAUCAACAAGCGAACGCUACCUGUGCCUCGAACGAAAUUGAAUUGGCUGUGCUAUGCCCAUCAUCUCCGCUCGAAACGAAUCCCCAUUCCGAUGCAAAGGGUGCACAAUCUAAUGGAGUUUUUGAAAUUUGUGCGAAGGAACCCUUAUUGUCGCCAUGGGAGGUAAAUGGAGGCUCGAAAGAUGUUCAUAUUAUGGAAAACCCUCAGUACAAAAGAAGAGGCAGUUCCGCCUCAAAUAAUCAACAAGAAGAGGAGGAGGAAGAGGAGAAUGAACAAGAUUUAGAAGGCACGCAGCUCACAAUGGUCAAUUGUACUUUAGGCAGUAGCAGUAGCAGUUUAAAUAACAAUUCAGGAUGUCCGGACGGAGAGACUUCAUCAUCGCCAAAAGCCCCGUGUACAUCUGUUCCGGCUCUCGGACCAAAUGGCUGAAAAUGCAUCAGGCGAAACACUAAAGUGUUCAAUGCUUCGUAUCGAGGUAUGCAGUAAAUAGGAAUACCUCCUGGAAUUCUCCUGUUUCCUCCUCUCUUAUAGUUGACACGUCAAUCGUUCCGAAACAAUAUUGCGAGAAAGCAUGGAAAAAAACAAAUUUUCCCGCGAAAACGAAAGCAAUGUAAAAUUGCCACAACCUGACUAAGUUCGACGCGACUUGUGCAAGUAGAAAUAUUGUCUGACAUGCGAUCAGGGUAGAAAUUCGCAUCCGAUUUCAAGACGUUGGUCGCAUGUUAUGUAAAUAUUUACGAGCAAGAUACGUUUAUUGCCCGCGGAGAACAAGACAAAUGUCUGCGUAAGCAAUUUUCGAUAAAAGCAAGACGUUUCCCAAAUUCAUUGCUUUGCAUUAUUGACAUUCCUAACGUUGCAGUGCAUUGAUCAUGUAAACGAUAUUUGAAACGUUUGCCGGACUUAUUUGUGUGUACAUAGAUUAAUUCAAAAUAUUAUUUAAAGGGAUUUUG